AACCAGACCAGCUCCUAGGCCAGACACACGCCCUAGCUCCCACCUACCGUAUCCCUCCUCCCUCCCCACCCCACCCGCCCCUCUCCUUCCCAGUUCCCUCCCCUUUAUCCUUCCCUUCCCUUCCUCCCUUCCCUAAAUAACCUACCCUAAUUUUACCCUUCCACACCCCAAAACCCUCAACUCCCUCGAAAGCAUCAGCAGCCUCCUGGCUCCACCCGCCAACCUCUAGCCCCCUCCCAACAACUUCCUCUUCCCAGGUCAGAACGGCGUCUUCCGGUUCCCCCACCGGAUGAAGCGGAAGUGCGUCAUGUCGAGGCGCCAAGGCGCUCGUUUGGCGCGCGCGCGCCCUAAGCGGCGGAUCUAAGCUAACUUUUUGGAUCUUUUCUUGUUUCUCGUUGGCUUUUGACUUUUUCUGGACCCUGGUGUCUACGAUUUCCGAGAUGCCGUCUUCUUUGUUGGGCGCGGCGAUGCCGGCCUCUACAUCUGCCGCAGCCCUGCAGGAAGCUCUGGAAAAUGCUGGACGGCUCAUCGACCGUCAGUUGCAAGAGGACCGCAUGUACCCGGACCUUUCCGAGCUGCUUAUGGUGUCUGCCCCAAAUAAUCCCACCGUUUCUGGCAUGUCAGAUAUGGAUUAUCCUUUACAAGGACCUGGUUUGCUGUCGGUACCCAACCUUCCAGAGAUCAGUUCCAUCCGAAGAGUUCCUCUCCCACCUGAACUUGUUGAGCAGUUUGGACAUAUGCAGUGUAACUGCAUGAUGGGUGUGUUCCCUCCUAUCAGCAGAGCUUGGCUCACAAUUGACAGUGAUAUAUUCAUGUGGAACUAUGAGGAUGGAGGUGACCUUGCCUAUUUUGAUGGACUUAGUGAGACUAUUCUUGCUGUGGGGCUUGUGAAACCAAAAGCAGGCAUCUUUCAACCUCAUGUGCGACACCUCCUGGUUUUGGCGACCCCUGUAGACAUCGUAAUUCUUGGACUCAGCUAUGCUAAUUUGCAAACAGGUUCUGGAGUUCUUAAUGAUAGUAUGUCUGGUGGAAUGCAGUUGCUUCCAGAUCCUUUAUAUUCUCUUCCUACUGAUAAUACUUACCUUUUAACAAUAACUUCCACUGAUAAUGGCAGAAUUUUCUUGGCUGGAAAGGAUGGCUGUUUAUAUGAAGUAGCCUACCAGGCUGAAGCAGGGUGGUUUAGCCAAAGAUGCAGGAAAAUAAACCACUCAAAGAGCUCACUUUCUUUCCUUGUUCCUUCCUUGCUACAAUUCACAUUCUCAGAAGAUGAUCCUAUUCUUCAAAUUGCAAUUGAUAAUUCUAGAAAUAUUUUAUAUACACGAUCUGAGAAAGGAGUAAUACAGGUGUAUGAUUUGGGACAAGACGGACAAGGAAUGAGCAGAGUUGCCUCUGUGUCACAGAAUGCCAUUGUCUCUGCUGCUGGUAACAUUGCUAGGACCAUCGAUCGUUCUGUUUUUAAACCAGUUGUCCAGAUAGCAGUGAUUGAAAAUUCUGAAUCACUGGAUUGUCAGUUAUUGGCUGUCACACAUGCAGGUGUUAGGUUAUAUUUCAGCACUUGUCCAUUCAGACAGCCAUUAGCACGGCCUAAUACACUGACGCUGGUUCAUGUCCGCUUACCUCCUGGAUUCUCAGCAUCUUCAACCGUAGAAAAGCCUUCAAAAGUACAUAGAGCUCUUUAUAGUAAAGGUAUUCUAUUGAUGGCAGCCUCAGAAAAUGAGGAUAAUGAUAUUUUAUGGUGUGUCAACCAUGAUACUUUUCCUUUCCAAAAGCCAAUGAUGGAAACCCAGACGACAACCCGUGUUGAUGGUCAUUCCUGGGCUCUUUCUGCGAUAGAUGAAUUGAAAGUAGAUAAAAUAAUUACACCUUUAAACAAGGAUCAUAUUCCAAUAACUGAUUCACCAGUUGUUGUACAGCAGCACAUGUUACCUCCAAAGAAAUUUGUUCUCCUCUCAGCACAGGGGAGCCUUAUGUUUCAUAAACUUAGACCUGUAGAUCAACUGAGGCAUCUACUUGUGAGUAAUGUGGGUGGAGAUGGAGAAGAGAUUGAAAGAUUCUUUAAAUUACAUCAGGAAGACCAGGCUUGUGCAACUUGCCUUAUUCUUGCUUGCUCCACUGCUGCCUGUGAUAGAGAAGUAUCUGCCUGGGCCACUCGGGCUUUCUUUAGGUAUGGUGGUGAAGCACAGAUGAGAUUUCCAACCACUCUUCCGCCUCCAAGUAAUGUUGGUCCCAUCUUGGGGUCUCCUGUCUAUUCUAGUUCUCCUGUUCCUAGUGGUAGUCCCUAUCCAAAUCCAUCCUUUUUGGGAACACCAUCUCACGGUAUACAGCCUCCUGCCAUGUCAACUCCAGUGUGUGCUCUGGGAAACCCAGCAACUCAGGCCACAAAUAUGAGUUGUGUGACUGGACCAGAGAUUGUGUACUCUGGAAAACACAAUGGUAUUUGCAUUUACUUUUCUCGGAUCAUGGGAAACAUUUGGGACGCAAGCUUAGUUGUGGAGAGAAUAUUCAAGAGUGGCAACAGAGAGAUCACUGCAAUUGAAAGUAGUGUUCCCUGCCAACUGCUAGAGUCAGUGCUACAAGAACUAAAGGGUUUGCAGGAAUUUCUAGACAGAAACUCCCAGUUUGCAGGAGGACCAUUAGGAAAUCCAAAUACUACUGCUAAAGUGCAGCAGAGGCUGAUAGGAUUCAUGCGUCCUGAAAACGGAAAUCCCCAGCAAAUGCAACAGGAGCUGCAGAGGAAGUUUCAUGAGGCUCAACUAAGUGAAAAGAUUUCACUUCAGGCAAUUCAGCAGUUGGUUCGAAAAUCAUAUCAGGCUCUGGCUUUAUGGAAACUUCUUUGUGAACAUCAAUUCACUGUCAUUGUGGCAGAACUUCAGAAAGCAAAUGAGCUUCUCCAGCGUUCCCGACAAGUUCAAAACAAGACUGAAAAAGAAAGAAUGUUAAGGGAAUCAUUAAAGGAAUAUCAAAAAAUUAGCAAUCAAGUGGACCUUUCCAGUGUUUGUGUUCAGUAUAGACAAGUGAGAUUUUAUGAGGGUGUGGUGGAACUUUCUCUUACGGCUGCAGAGAAAAAAGAUCCUCAAGGUCUUGGGCUUCAUUUCUAUAAACAUGGAGAACCAGAAGAAGACAUAGUUGGACUUCAGGCCUUCCAAGAAAGAUUAAACAGUUACAAAUGCAUUACUGACACACUUCAAGAACUGGUAAAUCAAAGUAAGGCCGCUCCUCAGUCUCCCAGUGUACCCAAGAAACCUGGUCCUCCAGUGUUGUCAUCUGAUCCAAAUAUGCUGAGUAAUGAAGAAGCAGGACAUCAUUUUGAACAAAUGCUUAAAUUGUCACAGCGAUCCAAGGAUGAGCUCUUUAGUAUUGCCCUUUAUAAUUGGCUAAUACAAGCUGACCUUGCAGAUAAGCUGCUACAGGUCGCUUCUCCAUUUCUGGAGCCACAUCUAGUCCGAAUGGCCAAAGUUGAUCAAAACAGAGUUCGUUAUAUGGAUUUACUCUGGCGGUAUUACGAGAAGAACAGAAGUUUCAGUAAUGCUGCUCGUGUACUGUCCAGACUGGCUGACAUGCAUAGCACAGAAAUUUCACUUCAGCAGCGACUAGAGUACAUUGCUCGAGCCAUUCUUAGUGCCAAAAGUUCAACUGCCAUUUCAUCAAUAGCUGCCGAUGGUGAAUUCCUUCAUGAAUUAGAAGAAAAAAUGGAGGUUGCUAGGAUCCAACUUCAGAUACAGGAGACACUACAAAGGCAGUAUUCCCAUCAUUCUUCUGUACAGGAUGCAGUUUCUCAGCUGGAUUCUGAGCUGAUGGACAUAACUAAGCUUUAUGGGGAAUUUGCUGACCCAUUUAAACUUGCAGAGUGUAAACUUGCAAUAAUUCAUUGUGCCGGUUAUUCAGACCCUAUAUUGGUGCAGACACUUUGGCAAGAUAUCAUAGAGAAAGAAUUGAGUGACAGUGUGACAUUGAGCUCCUCAGAUAGAAUGCAUGCUCUUAGCCUCAAGAUUGUUCUCCUUGGCAAAAUUUAUGCUGGCACACCACGCUUCUUUCCUUUAGAUUUUAUUGUACAGUUUUUAGAACAGCAGGUUUGUACUUUGAACUGGGAUGUGGGCUUCGUAAUACAGACAAUGAAUGAAAUUGGAGUACCAUUACCUAGACUACUAGAAGUUUAUGAUCAGUUGUUCAAAUCACGGGAUCCAUUCUGGAACAGAAUGAAGAAGCCACUGCACCUUUUGGAUUGUAUACAUGUAUUACUGACAAGAUAUGUUGAGAAUCCCAGCCAAGUUUUAAAUUGUGAAAGGAGAAGAUUUACAAAUCUCUGCCUGGAUGCUGUUUGUGGUUACCUUGUUGAGCUCCAGUCUAUGAGCUCGUCAGUAGCAGUACAAGCCAUCACUGGGAAUUUUAAAUCUCUUCAAGCUAAAUUAGAACGGCUUCAUUAAUUACUGUGAUACACUUUCAUCCAUUUUAUGAUCUGUAAAAUAAAAACUCAGCUGGGUCCAGAUAUCAGGUGUUCUAAAUCUAAGAAUGUAAGAACAAUCUUAAUAGAAAUAUGUUUUUAAUAAGUGGCUAAUAUCUACAAAUAAUACCUUUGCUAAAUGAA